AUGGCUCCAACCCCAUCGACUCCUGUGACUCGUGAGGAGAUCGAGACGACGUUUGCGGCGAUGUGUACCGAGCAAAAACCGAAUCUUUUGAAGAUUUCCCAGCUGAAAAUGGUACUCCGGGCACUUGGAUACGACCCACGUAACUCUACCGUUCAGGAGAUGACCAGGAAAAUUAAGGAUGGAAGAAACAUGUUGAUGGGAUGGCAUGGAGAAAAAGACUACAUGGACGUAGAUGAGCUGUGGAACGCACUUCAAUCCAAAGACAACGAAGAAGGUCAAGAGGAUAAAUUCCAUGUAGAAAUGCGUUCGGCAUUCAAACUGUUCGACCCGGAAUGCAAGGGAACAAUCAAUGUGGACAAUUUGAAAUUUGUUGCCAAGGAGCUUGGCGAGGAGUUGAGCGACGCGGAAUUCGAAGAAAUGAUUCGUGAAGCCGGCGGCGGCGAUGGAAAAAGUGGAAUCAACGAGGAGCAAUUCUUCGAAAUUAUGAAGAAAACUUGUCUCUAUUAA